GGGCGGGCGCUGCCCGGUGCUGGCGGCGGAGGAGCGGGGCCGGGCCGGGGGCCGGGGGCCGGGGGGCGCUGCCGCCGCCAUGCCGCUGUUCGCCGCCAACCCCUUCGAGCAGGACGUGGAAAAGGCUACAAACGAAUAUAACACCAGCGAGGACUGGGGUCUUAUUAUGGAUAUAUGUGACAAAGUUGGCAGUACUCCUAAUGGAGCAAAGGAUUGCCUUAAAGCCAUCAUGAAGAGAGUAAAUCAUAAAGUUCCCCAUGUGGCUUUGCAAGCGCUUACACUUUUAGGAGCCUGUGUAUCAAACUGUGGAAAAAUAUUUCACUUAGAAGUGUGUUCUCGUGAUUUUGCUAGUGAAGCUCGAGGUAUAAUAAACAAGGCUCAUCCAAAAGUAUCUGAGAAGCUGAAAGGUCUAAUGGUGGAGUGGUCAGAAGAAUUUCAGAAGGACCCACAGUGCAGCUUAAUAUCCGCAACAAUUAAAUCUUUAAAGGAAGAAGGUGUAACUUUUCCUGCCGCUGGAUCACAGGCUACCACAAAUGCUGCUAAGAAUGGUUCAUCAUUAAGUAAAAACAAAGAAGAUGAAGAUAUAGCUAAAGCUAUUGAAUUGUCAUUGCAAGAGCAGAAACAGCAACAAAUGGAAACCAAAUCCUUGUACCCAUCUGCAGAAAUUCAGCAAACCAGUCAGAACUCAAGGAAGGUGCGAGCUCUCUAUGACUUUGAAGCUGUCGAGGACAAUGAGCUCACCUUUAAAAGUGGAGAAAUUAUUUUUGUUUUGGAUGACAGCGACGCCAAUUGGUGGAAAGGUGAAAAUCAUAGAGGAGUGGGAUUGUUUCCGUCUAAUUUUGUGACUUCUGACUUAAAUGUUGAACCUGAGGCGGCAACUGUGGAUAAAAAUUGUGUUCCUGAGGAUACUACAGAAGAAAUUAAGAAAGCAGAACCUGAGCCUGUAUAUAUAGACGAGGACAAGAUGGAUAAAACACUGCAGGUACUUCAGAGUAUAGAUCCUACAGAUCUAAAGCUUGAUUCUCCAGACCUUCUAGACUCAGAAGAUAUUUGCCAACAAAUGGGUCCAAUGAUAGACGAAAAACUAGAAGAGAUAGAUAGAAAACAUUCAGAAUUAUCUGAAUUGAAUGUGAAAGUUCUGGAAGCUUUGGAGCUCUAUAACAAACUGAUGAAUGAAACGCCGAUGUAUUCAGCCUACUCAAAACUCCACCAUCCCGCACAAUACCCACCUACAUCUUCUGGUGUUUCAGUGCAGUCAUAUCCUGUACAGCCACCUAGUGGAAACUACAUGAUCCAAGGUGUUCACCAAGUCACCAUUUCCCCAGGUUAUGGCCUAGGACCUGAUCAGAUGGGGCAGCUGAGGUCUCUGCCUCAAAAUAUAAAUUCUUCCGGAGCAACUCAGCCUGCUCAAGCUGCCUAUUUAAGCCCAGGACCAGAUUCUGUGCUGAACCAGACGUACGUGAACCAGAAUGCUGGUCUUCCAUCAGCUGCCAGCACAGCUGCCUACAGCCAGCAGCAGAUGGGAGUAUCGGUGGAUAUGUCAGCCUACCAGAACAACGCGUCCAGUUUGCCCCAAGGACCAGCUUAUCCCAUGGCAGUUCCUGCUCAUUCCGUUCUGCAGCAACAAACAACCUACCACCAACAGCCCCUCCUUUAAAAACAAACCAGGCUCAUAUUUCUAAAAUAACGAAUACAGUUUGCUGAAGCUAAUGAUUUUUUAUUAAUACCUGUCACAGAUAUCAAAAUGCAUUUUCCUUUUUAAGUAACCCAACUUAGUGCAUUAGGGUGAUGCUGAGUAAAAAUACACAUCAGAACCGGUCGUUAAUCGUUUGCUUAAAGGUAGUUUGAACUAGAUUAGGUAACGGUUUAAAAUAAUUUCAGAUUACUUUGAGCCCUUAGUUCAGUGGUUUCAAGAAACGCCGUUUGUGAGUCUGAAAAUAAGUAAAAAGAUUGGCCAGAAAUAAUUUUUUUAAUGUGUUUCUGGAAACUUGAGGACGCAUACUCAGCGGUAUGCGUUGCUCUCAUUACGCAUUGUCUCUUCUGGUGUCUCACUGUAAUCUUUCUAUCCAAGUAGCUUCAGAAAAUCUCUGCUGAUUUAGACACCUCCUUCUCUCUGUGCUGCUGUCGUGAGCUUUAUGACACGGUGUGCACUAGAUAAUUGGAACAGCUGCACGAGUUAAUCAGAUGAGAGCUGGAGGAGAAAAUGAUUUGAUACUGUGACGGAGAGGACCAUGUACCUACAGAAGUAUGAGGAAUGAUGUUUUUGCAGUGCUGCCUAUUAGAUUUUGGGAAACUACAGAGAACUCUGAUGUGUUUCUCGUGAAAGAAAUUGCGGGGGGUUGCUUGAACUUGCUUUUGGCAGAGGUGGUACAUGCAAGGGAUGCUCCCAGCAGACUGUGGGUACUCCGGAUAUGAGGUGCUGAGCCAGGGUCUUGUACAGAAUGUAUUUUCUUUUCCUUUUUCUGUUGUAUGUAGAAGUGAAGGAGAACUGUAGUUCUGUAUGGUAAAGGAGGGGCUCAAGAAUGUUUGAAGCUUAAGACUGAGAAUCCACCUUUGUUCCAUUUCCAUUGGGGAGGCAAGUGGAACAGGAAUCAUCUUUAUGGGACCAGGGGGUUCUUGCCUCUCUAGGAUUUCCUUUUGCUGCUGCCAUUUACAUGUCUAAAUAAACACUGGUUACAGAGGGAAACUCUUAAACCAGUUGGGAAAGGUGUAUUUAACAGCCCGCGUAUAGGCAGACUACGCGUGCUCUGUGAGUGUGCUCCUCAUUUAAUACAAGGAACGGCUGCAUAUUGAAAAUAUCAGACGUCCUUAGAAAAGGAAUUGUCUUGGGACUGUGGAAGUGAAGCAUUUGGUGGCUAAGACAAGAAAUCUUAAGAAUUUCUUCCCUGAUGCACUUUUUAAUGGGUAGGUUCUUUUUUUUUCCUUUAAGGAGGAACAGUUGAGCUGAGUUACCUUUCAGGAAUGUUUUUUCUUUUAUGGUUUCAGCCUCUGAAAAAAUCACGUAGUUCUCCUGUUUACCUACUCAGUUUAGCAUAGUCGUAUUUAUACAUAUUUUAACAAUUUUACGAUGAGUAAUAAUCUUUAGAUUGGGAAAAUAAUGAAAGCAAAUCACUGAUAAAACAUCUUGUUAAAUGUCUGAAACUCCAAAAAUGUCUAAAUAAGUAUGUUUGGUGUAUAAUUUUUCUACCAAAUGAGAACUGUCAGAUUGUAGACUGUUGCUGAGUAAUAAAAACCACCGUUCACUCAGUGCCA